AUGGAAGUGUUCUCCGCAUCGUAUUAUCAGGAAGAGAAUUCGAAAUCAAGUUAUAGCCAACGAAGACGUCGGAUCUCUAGCAUGGAACCGUCUUCGGAUGAGAAUCGUUCUGCAGAGACGACACUAAAACACACAAAGAAAGGCAAAAACAGUUUUGAAUUGAGAGUUCACAUUAUUUCGAAUGAUGGAAGUCUUCUCCGCAACGAAUUACCAGAAAAAAAACUCGAAAUCAACUCAUAG